AGUCUUUUCGUGAAGCCGAUACAUCUGUCUUGUUUGGGAUUGAGAAUGCAUAAGGCAUGGAAUGGUCUCAACUAGUCCAAAAAUGAAAGAAUACAGAGAACGAGGAGUGUUAUCAUAGGAAAGGGUCUUCUACAAGACAGUAACCAGAGAUUAUUAACAGUACAAGGAUUGUCCGGAAAGUAAUAGGACUGAAUCAAUUAAAAGAAAAGUUAUUGAAUCGAUACAGUUCUUUAAAACCUUUGAAAAUAGGAACCUUCUGCGUCGAUGCGGCGCUGUCAUCGUGAUUUCCAAGCAUUAAGGGCGUCGCGGAAGGCAUUCUCCAGAAUAGCAUUGAGAGCCGAAGUCCGUGCUACUUGGAUCCCCUUUCAUCGGCCUUUUCAGGCAAGGAAUCAAAAAAAAAGUACGGUGGGGCCGCAUCUGGGUUGUAGGGCGGCUGUGGAAGCAUUGGGAUGCCGGCCUUGGUUAGGUAGCUUUUCACUUUCGUGAACCGGGGCGUUGUCGUGGUGCAACUUCCAAGCGGCUGCGAUGUCUUGUCUCUUGUUAGAGUCUCAUGAAGACUUCCACGUAAAACUUGGCGCUGACGGUUUGUCCAGGAGGAACAAAUUCAUGGUGGACGAUGCCUUUAAUGUCAAAUAAAACAGUGAGCAUCGUUUUCACUUCGGAUUUGCGCAUUCAUCAGCGACCUCUUCCCGGCCCUCCAAAAAGGCCUGGUGCCACCGAAACACACCACUUCUUGCUCAAGCAACAUCUGGCAUUUGCCGAAAUAUAGCCGACAUGCAGAGAUUCAGCGAUUUCAUAUACGGACGUGUCGAAAGCGAUUGCGAAACAAAUAAACCAUUCAAGGUCUUACUUGCCUUUUAUGGUUUGAUCGGUAUAAAGGCGAAACCACAAGGCCUCUUACCUACAUUGCACAUGGUGUUCUUUUGCAUUGCAUACGCCUAUACGCCAUUCCUAGCUAUAGUGGGCUUCUUGCGGUACCAAAAAACCGCAACUGUAACAGAGUCUCUAUCGGCGUUGCAAGCGUUUAUCAAUGCUAUAUUUGCCGCAGCAAAGUCAGUAGCAGUUUUAGUUAACUUUAAGCGCUUUCAAAGUGUCGAGCCGAUAAUGAAAAGUUUGGAUGAACGCUACAAAACGCCAGAGGAGCGUCAGCAUAUAACAGACAGUGUUACGGAUUGCACGCGCUUAUAUGCCGCCAUGGGAUUCAUUUAUUACUUGUAUGGCCUCAUUUCUAUUCUAACAGCGUUAAUAAUACAUAAGCAACCAUUUGGUGGCUGGUAUCCAUUUCUCGACUUGAUUAGCAAUCCAACGGUGCAUUUCUAUUCAUGUUUGUCUUUCGAAACGUGGUAUUUGUAUUUCUUACUGACGGCGCAAUACCUGCAUGAUGUGUACCCAACUUUAUACAUGCGAACAAUACGCGCACACAUGCAACUGCUAAGAGAACGUAUUGGUCGACUAGGUGUGGACCCCGACAAAAGCGAUGAUGAGAAUAACAAAGAAUUAAUCGACUGUAUUGCUACGCAUCAGCAAAUAUUACAGGUGGUGGAUAUGGUCCGCUCCGUUUGCUCACCAACCAUUUUUAUGCAAUUCGUUUGUGUUGCUCUUGUACAUUGUGUCUGUAUGGUUAAUAUUUUCGUUUUCGCCGAUACGCUUAAUCGGGUCAUUACGAUAUGGUAUUAUCUUAUGGUUGCAACGCAAAUCUUGCCCACUUGCUAUGAGGCAUCGACGCUUGAGAUGGAAAGCACUAAAUUGCCCGUCGCAAUAUUUCACUGCAAUUGGCUGGCUUUAGAUAAACGUGGACGAAAGCUGAUCCUCUUCUUUAUACACCACGCUCAGAAGGAGGUUACCUUUGUUGCAAUGCAUUUGUUCGAAAUCAAUAUGCGCACAUAUUUGUCAAUUGCAAAAUUUUCAUUUACAUUGUACACAUUUGCGAAUGAGAUGGGCUUUGGACAGAAUAUAAAGGAAUUAGUAGAAUAAAAGGGGAAAAAAUAAUACUGGUGAAGCGAUUUGUGGCAGUCGAAAGGCAAAAUACAUUCUUUGUAUAUUGGACUUAGAAGGUUGAGAUCUAUCAAAGUACAACAUUGUGAACGAAUAUGAACUUUAGAAGAACUUUGGAUUUGGACCACUUUUUCAUUAAUAAUUUUAUUUCAUUAUCAACUAAACAUUUCAUUAGUAGUUGACGCUAGCACUAUUUUAUGUAGCCUAUAGAAAAUUAAUAAAUUGUAGAGAACGUUUUCCCGUAGAAUCCAAGAA